GGGAGAGAGAGAGAGAGAGAGAGAGAGAGAGAGAGGAGGAGGAGGAGGAGGAGGAGGAACGAAACCCUCGUCUCGAGGUCGAGCUGCGGUAGGGUUUACUGGUUUAGUGGGGAUGGGAGGAGCCUCGCCGGCGAUAAAGCCUAUCGGCAAAACAGUGGUGCACCGGAUUUGCUCCGGCCAAGUCAUUUUCGACCUCUCCUCCGCAGUGAAGGAGCUCGUGGAGAACAGCCUCGACGCCGGCGCCACCACCGUCGAGGUCGGCCUCAAGGCCUACGGCGAGGAAUGGUUCAAGGUCGCCGAUAACGGCAGCGGCAUCUCGCCCGGCAAUUUCCAGGCACUCGCUCUGAAGCACCACACGUCCAAGAUAUCGGAUUUCUCCGAUCUCAACUCCGUGGUCACCUUCGGGUUCCGGGGGGAGGCGUUGAGCUCCCUCUGUGCAUUGGGGAAACUGACGGUCGAGACAAGGACUAAAGAUGAGUCGGUCGGCACACAUUUGGAGUUUGAGCACUCGGGCGUGGUGAUCAGUGAGAGGAAGAUUGCACGGCAAGUCGGGACCACCGUAACCAUCGAGAAACUCUUCUCCACCUUGCCGGUUCGGGGCAAGGAGUUUAGUAGGAAUAUCAGGAAGGAGUACGGGAAAGUCAUCUCCUUGCUACAUGCUUACGCCUUAAUUGCCAAAGGGGUCAGAUUACUUUGCACAAAUACUGUGGGCAAGAAUUCUAAGAUGGUGGUGGUUAAAACUCAAGGAAGCAGUUCACUGAAGGACAAUAUCAUUACGGUCUUUGGUUUGAACACUUUCAAAUGCCUGGAGCCCUUCAACCUGGCCCUCUCUGAGGGCUGUCAGGUAGAAGGUUUCCUUUCCAAGCCUGGACUCUCAUCCGAGCAUACUAUUUUGUUUUCUUUACGGGAGGCUAUUGAAAAUCUGUACAGCCCUCAACAGUGCAGUUUUUCCAUCAACCACAUUGAAGAUCCUGAAAAGGUCAAUCACACUGAAGAUCCUGUAAAGGAAGAUGACCCUAUGGUUGAUGAACCUAUUAAAAGCACAUAUUUAAUGGACAAGGAAAAUGUUUCAUCGCCUGAAAAUGAUAACUGCAAGGAAGACACAGAUAGUGAUGAUCAGGACCCACUGAAGGAUCAGAAAGUAAGUUCUUCUGCGACAAGGGUAGCCACUGGAGCUGCAUCUGGAGACAUGAGCCCCUUGCCAAGGAGCCCAGACACUGAGGUUGAUAGAUCUCCUUGGUUUUCAGCAUUGCGGUAUGAGCAGCCAAAAAGACCCCGUGCUGAUUUUAGAAGUAAUCCAGUAAGAGAAAAUCAUGUUAGAACAGGGCUUGCUGCUCAAUCCUCCCCUUCAACUAUUGUUCAGUCUUCUCUUAUGAACUUUCUAUCACUAAACAAGAGGAAGCAUGAAGACAGUUGCAAUCUUAUUACUGAAGCUCCAGUGCUGAGAAGGGGUACAUGCUCAGGGCAAGUGAGAAGAACAAGUUUAGAAGCAAAUGCACCUGGUAUUUCAGAUGCCAACUCACUUCAGCAAAUUAGCCUGUGGGAUCAUUCUCCACAACCUUUUGUACCUAAGAGGACAGAAGUUUCAUUACAGCAUUCUGAACCACCUAAUGUUGGGUCUCCUAGUACUGAAGCUCCAGUGCUGAGAAGAGGUACAUGCUCAGGGCAAGUGAGAAGAACAAGUUUAGAAGCAAAUGCACCUGGUAUUUCAGAUGCCAACUCACUUCAGCAAAUUAGCCUGUGGGAUCAUUCUCCACAACCUUUUGUACCUAAGAGGACAGAAGUUUCAUUACAGCAUUCUGAACCACCUAAUGUUGCGUCUCCUAGUACUGAAGCGCAUCUCCUCAAUCCAUGUGAUGUCCACAGUACAGAAUUUGAUGUGGAUGAACAGAAUGAUCGAUGCCUUUCAAAUUUUGGUGCUCCCGAUCAAUGUUUGAAGGAUACCGAACCCCCAAAUACACCGUCCAAUAUAACUUUACUUGAUGGUCAUGAUAAUGACACUUCGGUGUGCUCUACAUCAGUAUCUUAUUCAGUGCAGUUUACAAUUGAUGAGCUUAGGAGAAGAAGAAAACGCGGUUUUAUUGUAUCACAUGAAAACAGAGUCCAUUGUUCUGAGAAAACUGCAAGGUGUUAUAAAGCCGCAACACUGGAUAAUUAUGUACCAAAUGACGACGAGGGAAAAUCUAAUUAUUUAGCUGCAGCCACCAAUGAGCUGGACAGGUUUUUCAGCAAAGAUAAUUUUGGAGAAAUGAAGGUUGUUGGGCAGUUUAAUCUCGGUUUUAUCAUCGGAAAGCUGGAACAAGACCUAUUUAUUGUAGAUCAGCAUGCUGCUGAUGAGAAGUACAACUUUGAGAGCCUGUCACAGUCAACAACGUUAAACAUACAGCCUCUUCUUCAGCCACUGAGACUUGAACUUUCACCGGAGGAAGAAGUUAUCGUAUCUAUGCACAUGAACACUAUCAGAAAAAAUGGUUUUGUUUUAGCAGAAGAUUUGCAUGCUUCUCCUGGCAGUCAUUAUCUUUUGAAAGCUGUGCCAUUUAGUAAAAAUAUUACAUUUGGUGUUCAAGAUGUGAAGGAGCUGAUUUGCAUGCUUUCUGACAGUCAAGGUGACUGUUCAAUAAUUAGUAGCUAUAAGAUGGAUAAAACUGAUUCUGUUUGCCCUUCGAGGGUUCGUGCUAUGUUUGCUUCGAGGGCUUGCCGAAUGUCUACUAUGAUUGGCGAUCCACUGACGAAAACUGAAAUGAAGAAGAUACUGAAAAAUCUAACAGGACUAAGGUCACCUUGGAAUUGCCCGCACGGGAGGCCAACAAUGCGGCAUCUUGCAGAUCUGACUAGUAUAAGGUCCAAAGAAGCAAAUUGAAGCGGUGCUGAGAAGUUUCAUUGCAUAAAAGGAAGAAACAUCCAUUGACGCUCAUGAGGAUUUUAUCGGCAACUCCUUGACUUCACGGGAAUAUCGCAGGAUCUAGGGUGACGUUUUGACAAUUGUUCAAGUGACUGGCCGUCGCGUGGCUUGUUUUCCGCUGCUACGGAGAGCCCGCUUGGAAUAUCGUUUUCCCUCCUUAAAACAUUGGCUGGUUAGAAAACGCCGAGGUGGUUGGUUCAUUGUAUUAGGCCUGUAAUGUUUACGCUUGUAUCCUCGUUUAGGCUCGUAAUCAGCCGAUUUAUGGUACACACCUAGGAUAUCAGUUGUGGCUGCUGUUAUACACCUGUGAGCUAAAUGCAGUUGUAUAAAAUUACACCAGUUCCAAGUGGAGCCUGAGGGCGCGCUUGGGAACGGUCAACGGUGUAAUCAAAUGCGGAGGUGUUUAACUUACGCCUGUAUCAUACCGGCCACUGAGUAAUUUUGAGCUGGAAACAGAAUGACGAGGCAAGGCAUGCAUUUUUUA